AUGGCCCGCCAGCAUCUAGAUUUCAUUCAAAGGUACGGGAAUGUGUGGUUGGCGGUAAACCCUUGCUCUAUGUGCUUGAAGCGGCUUGUCGUUAUAUUCAACAAAUACUCUCCUCAGAGUCAGUCUGUCUCUGGCAUCUCCAACCCUCUGCUACCAAUUCACAAAACAUAUGCCGUUGAAGUAGCACAGCAAACACCUAUGAUUUUUAUAAUCGUCUUUCUGCUGGUGCAGCAACUCGUGCUGGGGAUAGACCUCUUCGGGUCUUCACGGUCUCUGCAUUUACACUCGAUAGAUUCUGAAUCCCCGACCACCAUGAUCAAACGAAUCACAACGGACUCGCAUCCUAACCAAGAUGACUUCGGCGACUCUCAUCAACCUGUGACCCCAGGCGGAUAUCAUAGUGAAACCAUUCAACGGCGAAUCGAACGGGUGACUCAGGACAUAGACGCCUUGGAAACAUUCUACGCUAUCGGGUUUUCGCCAACAACAGUCGGAAAAUUAAAGAAUUACUAUCGUGAACAACUCGACGAGCUGGAUCGGGUUCCGUUUCGGUCCUAUAACCAACAGGAUCGUGUGGACUUUCUGCUCCUGAAAAACUAUCUAACGCGGAGUCUUCGACGUCUGGAAUUGGACGAGGCUCGGGAUGAGAAAAUGAAACCCCUUCUGGGGUCAUUUGCUUCUAUUAUCAUUGAACUAUUUGAGGCAAGGCAGAAUGUGACCGCGAUUGACCCUCAAGCAGCGGCACAACGACUUCAUGACGUUUCCACGGCGAUAUCGGGUCUCCUAAAAACGAUCGAACGAGGUGAAAUCGAAAUAGACAACUUCAGCGCGUUUCGUGCCGCAAAAGCAGUUGAAAGUCUUAAGAGUUUCCUCGAGGAAUGGUUUAGCUUCUAUGAUGGAUAUGAUCCGCUGUUUUCUUGGUGGAAUGCAACACCGUACCCUGAAGUGGGCUCAAAACUGGAUGCGCUCGCAGCAGCGAUUAAGGAGAAGAUCCUUGGCUUGGCACCCGGCGAUGAAGAUGCGAUUGUUGGACAACCGAUUGGAUCCGAAGGUUUGCUACGUGAUCUGGAAGCCGAAGUGAUCUCCUACUCACCAGAGGAGCUCAUUCAAAUUGGUGAGAAAGAGUAUACAUGGUGUGAAUCGGAAAUGAAAAAGGCUUCGCGGGAACUGGGCUUCGGUGAUGACUGGCGCAAAGCAUUGGAGCAUGUCAAGACCCUUUAUGUCCCACCCGGCAAACAGCCUCAAACUGUUCGCGACCUUGCGGAAGAAGCGAUCGAAUAUGUCACUAACAAUAGCCUUGUGACAGUUCCGCCCUUAGCUGCCGAAACCUGGCGCACUUUCAUGUUAUCUCCAGAGCAACAGAAAGUAGCACCAUUUUUCCUAGGCGGGCAAUCUAUCCGGAUUGCGUUCCCUACUUCCUCAAUGGACCAUGCAGCCAAACUCACAAGUCUACAUGCAAACAACGUCCAUUUCUCACGGGCUGUCGUUUUCCAUGAACUUAUCCCCGGUCACCACUUACAGUUCUACAUGAACUCUCGUUUCCGCCCUUAUCGCCGAAUUUUCACUACUCCAUUUUGGGUCGAGGGCGGUGCUUUAUACUGGGAAAUUAUCUUCUGGGAUAAAGGGUUUCCGAAAACCCCCGAAAACCGUAUUGGAAUGCUGUUCUGGCGCAUGCAUCGCUGCGCCCGGAUUAUCUUCUCCCUCAAAUUUCACCUUGGUGAAAUGACAGCGCAAGAAAGUAUUGAUUUCCUGGUUGAGAAAGUCGGGCAUGAACGCGGCACGGCUGAAGGUGAGGUACGCCGUUCGUUGAACGGGGAUUAUUCACCGUUAUACCAGGCCGGGUAUAUGCUGGGCGCGCUGCAGCUUUAUUCGUUGAGGCGGGAGGUGGUAGAUUCAGGAAAGCUUGGAGAGAAGGAGUUUCAUGACCGGAUUUUGAAAGAGAAUCAAAUGCCGAUUGAAUUGUUGAGGGCGUUGAUACAGCGUUUACCCCUGACUUCAGAUUAUAAGUCGUCUUGGAAGUUUUACGAUCAGUGA